AUGUCCCUUCCACCGAGAGCUUAUCCUCGCGUCAUCAUUGUUGGCGGAGGACUAGGCGGGUUAAUGCUAGCCAUCCUGCUCGACAAGAUGGGAGUCCCCUACCAUAUCUUUGAACGAGCACCCAAAGUCAAGCCUCUCGGUGCGCUAAUGAGUCUGAACGGUAACAUCCUGGCACUAUUCGACCAGCUGGGGAUGUUGGAGGAUAUCAUGAAGGUCUCCCUUGUCAGCCUCAACUCUUCUCUGUAUACUGAAAAGUUGGAGAAGAUCACCGAGAUCGAUGUCCGGUCACACUAUGAAUACACGGGAUAUAAGUUCCUCAUGUUCCCCCGCCCAGAUCUCUUCACUAUCCUCCUCAACAGAAUCCCUCCGGACAGGAUCAGUUUCGGGAAACGUGUCCUCCUCACCAAGCGCCAAUCCUCCGGCGUACAAAUCGUCUGCUCUGACAACACUUGCUACGAAGGCGACAUCAUCGUCGGAGCCGAUGGAGCCUACAGCGCAGUGCGUCACAACAUGUUUCGAGAAAUGAGGGAACAACAGGAACAAGAGGUACUUUAUUCUGGAGGCAGCUCGAUCGUGAUACCGCCCUCGGACACAAAGGACUUUGAGAUCCCGUACCUGUGUAUGGUCGGCGUAACGAAGUCAAUGGAUCCAGACAAGUACCCGGUCUUGAGGCAUCCUAAUACACAGCUGCAUCAUAUCAUUGGCGAGAGUACUCCCUACAGCGUCAAGGACCAAGCCGAAGCCAAGGAGCAGCGUUUCAUGAACUCGGAGUGGGGCCCGGAGGCCAACGAGAAACUUAUAGAGAUCGUUCAUGAUUUCCCGGUGACGUUCGGAGGCAAGCUGGGCGAGAUUAUCGAUUCGACGCCCAAGAAUGGGAUCUCGAAGGUCAUGCUGGAAGAGAAGUUGUUCGAGACUUGGUACCAUGGUAGUAUCGUCUUGAUCGGAGAUGGAGCGAUGAGUGCGAUGCAAGACGCCGUGAUCCUCGCCAACUGUAUCUACGACCUUGAGAACCUCCGCCCCGAGAGCCUCACGGCCGCGUUCCGAGACUACAAAGAGCAACGGUAUACCCAUGCCAAGAGACAGAUCUUCAACAGUCGACUCAAUGCUAAGCUCUCGAGUGGUCAGACACGCACAGAGAGGCUAGUACGCCACGUCGUCCUAAACCUUCUCCCACGCUCCAUCCAGAACAAGCAGUUCAGCAAAGACGCCGCCUACCGUCCUCAAUGCACAUUCCUCCCCCGCGUCCCGGACAAAGGCACUAUCUCGUCGUUGCCCCAGAAGCCUUCUCGACGGUACCAGGCCGAGUUACGAGCCGCCGCUGCUGCUGCUGCCUCUGUUGACGAGACGAGGAGGGAUAGUAAGCUCGAUUUAUAUUGUGCGUCGUCCAUGAGGAGUGAUGCUUGUUUGGUGCCCAAGAGGGGGUGA